AUGGACAAAGUUUUCGAAGGACGAAUUGUGCCGUCUCUAAAGGGAGAAGUUUCUGCGCUGAGACGGGCCCUCACAUAUAUGCUGAAUAAUUUUUGGGAUGAAACUUUCUGGUUGCGAAAGAUGAACGAUAAAAUCAUCCUGCAAAUACCAACAUCAGCCAGUGCCGCAUUGAAUGAGAAACUCUCCGCAAUGGAUGUGCUCAAUCUGAUCGAUGGAAAGAUUUCAAAAUUUGCCUCAACUUUGAUGCAGUAUUUUUGUCAGCCAAUAAUUUCUGCCACAGAACUCACCGGUAUAAUUGACUACCGAAGUACCAUUUCGCUAACACGACGUGACUAUAUUGUGCAAAAAAAGCAAUCGAUGGCAGAGGGCACGAAGAAAAAUUCUGAUGCAAAAAAAGUAUUCAGCAUGAUCUUGGAGUUUUUCACAAAUAUGCACGCAGAUCUUGGUGGGAUUACUAUCAAUGGAAAAGGAAUGGUACAGCUCAUCGGUGAGAAACUUUCGAACGGUUUAGUGGAGAAAUUGGUGCACGAAUGCUUGACACCAGCGGUUCCUUAUGAAACGGAAGAUCUGCCGGCAUUUGAGCAACUUCUCGCUGCGUCAGAAGAAUUUAGCGCUGAAAUGAAG